GUAGAGGUAGGUCCGCUGGUCAUAUGACUUUCCGAAAGCUAUAUCCAUCCUGUGUUCAAGUUUUGGCUUGACUGAUUUAUAGGAUUGUUCUUAGCGCUCCUUCACCGCGCAAGAUGUGCCGCUGGGCUCUGUACUUUCUCUGGGGAAUAUCGGGAGUUUUCGGAGCUCCAGAUGCCGACGAGAUUAAGUACCUUCCAGGACUGCCGAAGCAACCAAGCUUCAAACAAUAUUCUGGCUACCUCAAUGUUUCUGGGAACAAACAUCUACAUUACUGGUUUGUGGAGUCCCAGGAUAAACCAGCAGCUGACCCGGUUGUCUUGUGGCUGAAUGGAGGACCUGGAUGUAGCUCCCUGGAUGGUCUCCUUACUGAACAUGGACCUUUUCUGAUCCAGGAUGAUGGUGCCUCACUAAUGUACAACCCAUUUUCCUGGAAUAAGAUUGCCAACGUGCUGUACCUGGAGUCACCAGCUGGAGUUGGGUUUUCCUACUCGGAUGACAAGAUGUACACUACCAAUGACACAGAGGUAUCAAUGAACAACUACUUAGCCUUGAAGGAGUUUUUCCGGCUUUUCCCGGAGUACAGUAAGAACGAGUUUUUCAUCACAGGGGAGAGCUAUGGAGGGAUCUAUGUUCCCACGUUAGCAGAGCGAGUGAUGGAAGAUAGCAGCAUAAACCUCCAGGGCAUCGCAGUUGGUAACGGCCUGUCUAGUUAUGAGAUGAAUGACAAUUCUUUGGUGUACUUUGCUUACUACCAUGGACUCCUUGGAAGCAAACUUUGGAUCGAUUUGCAGACGUACUGCUGCAAGGAUGGGACAUGUGACUUUUACAAUAACCAAAAUCCCAAUUGUUCCGCAAAUCUAAACGAGGUGCAGUAUAUUGUGUAUGGCUCUGGCCUUAACAUCUACAACCUGUAUGCCCCUUGUGCCGGAGGUGUGCACCACAGAGUGAGCUACACUGAGACCCAUCUGGUGAUUCAUGAUCUGGGGAAUAGCUUCACGCAGCACCUUUGGAGCAACUUGUGGAGUCAGAAAUACAAAGAUAUCACGACCAAGCACAAGUCGGUGAGACUUGACCCUCCCUGCACUAAUUCCACUGCAUCCACCAUGUUUCUGAACAAUCCCUAUGUGAAGUCAGCCCUGCACAUCUCUGCUGCCUCUCUGGAGUGGCAGAUUUGUAGUGCAGAGGUCAAUCUAAAUUACAAACGGCUUUACAUGGAUGUCCGCACGCAGUACCUGAAGCUACUUGGGGCACUGAAGUACCGCGUGCUUGUGUACAAUGGAGAUGUGGACAUGGCCUGCAACUUCCUCGGCGAUGAGUGGUUUGUGGAAUCGCUUCAGCAAGAGGUCCAGGUCAAACGCAGGCCUUGGCUCUACUACACUGGGGAAAGCAUGCAGGUCGGAGGCUUUGUCAAAGAGUUCUCUAAUCUGGCCUUCAUGACUAUUAAGGGGUCAGGUCACAUGGUGCCCACCGACAAGCCAAUAGCGGCCUAUGCAAUGUUCAGCCGUUUUCUGAAGAAGCAGCCGUAUUGAGAAACGGACUAUAUGCAAAACUGUCUUCACUUCCAAGUCCUUUCUUGGCAUCUGUCUGCACUGUGAACAAUCUUUGGCUUUAUAUGAAUUAUGCUCAUGAGGGGUACAAGAUGUAAUAUGCACUAAUUCAUUGUGAACAGCACUGGAUUAUCAACAUAAUGGCACGGCUUACUUUUUUUUUUUGUUGGGAUGAUUUUGUGUGUUGAAUGUCUGCUCGCUUGAAUCCAUGGUAAGAUGCUGGUCAUACUACUGUACCAUUUAGACUGUGUGACUGUAGCUGGAAGUUAAAAGGAUCGCAGUGGGUAGUGUGGGGUCCCAACUGGCCAGUGAAUGCUCUGCUGAUAGUUACGAUUGUAUGUCUUCUGUCUGAAGUUUUACUGGGUUUUAAUACAAGAAUAACGACACUGUUAUGGAUGCAUUCAAAGGGAAUGAUCACUGUCCUAGGAAAUCACCAAUUUGCCUUUUACUGGUGUGUAUCAAUAUCUGUCAUUUAGAAACUUCACUGUCAAUAAUAAAUUGCUGCUUCAUCAUUUAAGAUGUAUAUAUUUUCAGCCUUAUACACAGAAUUGUAUGAAUGAUGGACUUAUUUUAAAGAUCAGUAUUAUGUAUUGUCGAUUAUGUUUCAGUUGAAUUGGGAAUAAAGCCAGUCAUUGUGCAUCACUAAAGUUUACUUUUUUUUUUGUUAAUAAAUUCGUUUGCAUUGAA